AUGGAGGACGGGUUUACAGCGGAUGUGGUUACAAAAGAUGUCGUUAAAGUGAUGCGACUCAGAUUACUAUUGAUUAUUACAUGUACAUCUAUGAUCAAGACUGCUGAUGUAGAGGAACAAAGGAAUGUCGUAGAGAUAGGCAAGCAACUAUCGCGAGCUUUCGUGCAGGGUAGGAAGAAGGUAUUGGAGCUAAGAUACAGAACGUUUAAUUGA